GUAAUACGCUAAUACAGUGAUAGAUCGCCGUCCUUGUCGUCAGAAUAUUGUCAGGAAAAAAAAACAAAAAGCUUUCGGUUUCACGCCACUGCCCACACAAGGUAAAUAGGCCGUUAAACAGAAUUUUCAAUAUGGCCGACGAACAUUUAUACAUGCCGACGACUUCCGAAAUAACCAUUCCGGAAUCCAGCAUAGAACCCGAAUAUGAAAGCAUUGGGAGUGACACGGCUCAUGCUUCAACUUCCCAGUCCAGCAAAUAUAAAAAUAAAGGGAAAGACCAGUUAACAUUACAUAUCCAUAAUCCAGAAACCAAACAAAGCGAAGUCUCAAGUCCGCUGUCCGAUUUCUCCGCUUAUCAUAAUCCAUACGCGGAGGAAGCAAUCCAUUCUCCAGGGGCCAUCUCCAAACUGUCCUACACCGGAUCCAUGAAAUCAAAACACACUCACACAACGAGGCAAUUAAAUGUUUUCAUCGGUGAAGAACUCGAGGAAAACUUUCAAAGUACGGGGUUUCCUACCGAGAGGAAAGCUUAUAGUUGUCCAGCAACGCCUAGAGCUGUGAAAAGAACAGCUCCCUUGUCUAGGGAACCAAUGGAAGCUCCGCAUUUAGGCGCUGAGAGGUCUCACUAUGAACAUGAACCAGUUGACUUUUUUAUUUAUAACUUACCAGAGGAAGAACAUUCAGUUUACAACGAGUUCCUGGUGAAAUCUAAUCCUCACAACAAAAUCAACCACAUGAUACACAGCGCCUUGCACUGUCCCUGCUUCUUCUUUUUCUUCUUGCUCUGCUGCAUGCCUGGUUUUCAUUGGAUGCAGCUCGGGGAUAAAGCUUACAAGAAUGGUGAUGUUGAUGAAGCAAAAUUCCUUGGAAGGAGAGCCACCGUAUCCUAUUUUAUUGGAGCGGUGCUGGGUGUUCUUGUCUUGGCAGGGGUCAUCAUGAUUUCUGUGUAUUUUGUUCAGGACCAACUUGAUCAAUAAAAUCUACUAAAUAUAAA